AAUAAACUGUUAGUAGAUAGUGAUAGUAUAAUGUACGAAGAUUCCUUUAACGUUUUCAAUUCCCGGUUUCUGUUCUGAAACCUUAAUUAUAUAAAUUUUUGAGUUACUUUUGAUCUUCUGGUAAAUAAUUCAGCCAAUAUAAAUAUAAGAUAGUCAUGAAACCUUUAAUGUUACAAGGGCACGAGCGUGCUAUCACCCAAAUUAAAUACAACCGUGAAGGUGAUUUACUUUUCUCUUCAGCUAAAGAUGUAACCCCUAAUGUAUGGUAUUCAUUAAAUGGUGAACGCCUUGGGACAUAUAAUGGACAUACUGGAGCUGUAUGGUGUAUUGAUGUUGAUUGGAAAACUUCAAAGUUUUUAUCAGGCGCUGCAGAUAAUACAUUAAGAUUGUGGGAUGUAGCUACAGGUGUGGAAAUUGGAAAUAUUAGUAGCAAUUCUGCUGUGCGUACUUGUUCAUUUAGCUAUUCAGCUAAUUUAGCUAGUUACUCUACUGAUCAAGCCAUGAAGCAAGAGUGUGAAAUAUUUAUUGUUGAUGGUCGUGAUGAUGAUUCAUUUAAAAGUAGUGCUCCAAUUUUAAGAAUGACUGUACCAGAGUCAAAAGUAACCUCAUUAAUUUGGGGUACAUUGGAUCACACAAUUAUUACAGGACAUGAAGACGGUGUAAUUAUGCAAUGGGAUCUAAGAACUGGAAAAAGUAUUGAAACUGUAAAAGAUCACCAAGGAUCAAUUAAUGAUAUGCAGAAAAACAAACAAGGUACAAUGUUUGUUACAGCAUCAAAAGAUAAUUCUGCUAAGUUAUUUGAUGUAGAUGAUUUAUCUGUACAUAAAGUAUACAUGACUGAAAGACCAGUUAAUAGUGCAUCACUUUCCCCUAUUUAUGAUCAUGUUGUAUUAGGUGGUGGACAAGAAGCUAUGGAUGUAACAACAACAGCUGCACAAGCAGGAAAAUUUGAUGCUAGAUUUUUCCAUGUUAUUUUUGAAGAAGAAUUUGCUAGAGUUAAAGGUCAUUUUGGACCUAUUAAUUCAUUGGCAUUCCAUCCAGAUGGUGAAAGCUUUAGUACUGGCGGAGAAGACGGUUUUAUUAGAGUACAGUCUUUUGAUCCUUCAUAUAAAGAAUUUAAAUUUGAUUUUUAAGAAUAUUAGAAUAUUAAUAAAUUGAUUUUUUUUAAA